AUGCCGGCCAUCAGCAGUCGCGAGUGGAUGACCCUCGCCAAGCUGGAAGAUAUCUCUGCAAACCAACGCAAGGAUUUACCGAAGGAUCAGGUGUACCUUCGCGAGCUGACCGCCGAGGAGGUAGCCUACACGGACAUGGGCGGCUACAAAGGGCGAGUCUUCGAACGCAAGAACGUCAAGAUCUCCAUCGAGACCGUUCCUGAUGAGCGACCCAAAAUCGUCGAGACUAUUCCUGAUCACGGGUCACCUAAAGCUGCCAAGCCCGUUCUAAUUGAUAUCACGGAGUGGAGGGCAGCAUUUCAAAACGUUGGCUCCAACCUUCGACCACCUUCUGCUUUCGACGAGAACGCCAUCAACAUGUUGCUACGACAAGCGCUCCGAAACAGCCACGCACUGCGUUCGCAGCUGCCACGUUCGAUUGAGGCUUCAACGCUACGUUCCAGCCACCCCCUAGCGACGGUACCAGUAUGCAUCCGAUUCGCAUCGACUGAGGCGCCAGCUGCGGGCGAGGAUGCAGAGGCGGCGCUGCUGGCCAAGGUCAAAUCCGGCAUCAAGGAGGCGAUGAAGGCCAAGGACUCGCUCACGUCGACGGUGCUGCGCUCCAUCGUGUCCGAGCACCAGUACUCAUCCAAGCAGAAGGGCAACCAGGUGUCCAAGGUUUCGAAGCUCGUCACAAAGGCCAUCAAGCGUCGUCAAGAUACCGCCAAGCAGUUCCGUGCUGCCAAACCGCCGCGCGAGGACCUCGCAGAGCAGGAAGAAAAGGAGGCAGCAGUGCUCGAGAAGUUCCUCUCAGAGACCAAACCCGGCUGGGAGUUCUCCGCAGCUUCUCUACACAACAUGUCACGACACCGCGCCGUGCGCAAUCUCGAUCUCGACGAGGAGCUCGCAGAAGACGACUACUACGACGAGGAUCCCUAUGAGAAUCUCUCGCCAGAGGACAAUGAUGCGAUGAUCGAGGCAUAUUCGCAAACGCUCGACGUGCUUGGACCCACGAGCACCAACGGGUUCACGGAGCGCGAGAUCAAAGACGUCCUGUGGGACGCCUACUUUGACGUCGACACCGCAGUCACACAGCUCGUCGAAGAAAAGAGCAGGCGCGAAGCCAAGGCCGAACGCGAGCGUCAAAAACAAGCAGGCGCCUCCGCGCUGCCUGACGACGAUGGUGCAACCGUUGAGGCUUUCAAGGCGCUGUCAUUGCAGAGGGAUCGAAGAGCUGAGAUCCGUGCAGGACGCGGCAUGUCAAGAGGACGCGCCCAGGGACUUCGAGGGCUCGCGACCGGCGGUCGAUCCGGCAUGGCCAAGCGCAACCUCGCCGGGUUGGCACCGGAUUUUGUGCGAGAUGCGCAGCCUCCAGCUGCCUCAGCUCCGCAGAAGCCGCUGUCCAAACUCUCGGCGUUGGCAGCACGCUCUAGCGCCAAGCGCCCAGCCGAAGCUCCUCCCGCGAAUGCUGCAGAACGGCCGCGCCCUGCAUCACCGGCUCCGAGCGCUUCCUCUGCUUCAAAUCCUGCCCCUGUGGCUGGCACUAGCCGCCCCAGCAAGCUCGCCGCCCUUGCAGCCGCGCGCAAUGCUUCGGCGUCGUCGGGCGUCAAACCAGCGCCCGUGCAAUCGCAGAAGGCGGUCGAAGCUGUCCCGACAGAGACGGCUCCCAAGCCGCUUUCGAAGCUGCAGCAGCGUAUGGCGGCCAACCGUCAGCAGCGUGAGGCGGCAACGCCAGAAGCAAUCGAGGCGGCGGCAGCGGCAGCUGCAGAAGAGGAAGCCCAGGCUCGCCCGCAGACGUGCUAUGGCUCGGAUCUGCCCAUCUCGUCCCUGUUCCCUACCGAGCCAUCCGCUUCCGGCGCGCACUCGGAUGGGCGCGAGACGUCCCGCGCGUUCAUGGCGCCCGUCAGUGCCAUCGCCGGGUCAGCGAAGGACGCAACGGACCAGCUUGUGGCGCCACUAGAGCGGCUCAAGCCUGUACCUGGCGGAUCGCCGUUUGCCAUCUAUAGCCACGCCGCGGCGGAUGAUGCGUCGCCACAGAUCGAGCUCGUCAGGAAGGCGUUUGCUGGACCGAGCCCUGAUGACGUCGUGAUGAAGGCCCGCGAAGGCACACGGCUUGGUGCCAAAUGA